AAAGAGUAAAGAAGAUCAUGAAGAGAACAAGAGACCUUUAUGAGGAUGAUGAUUCUUCUUCUUCAUCGGAAUCUGAAGAGUUUCACCGGACGAAACUCCCGGUGAAGGUGAAGUUACCGGAAGAAAGAAGUGAAGAUGAAGAUGAGUCUCCUCAGCCGCUGAGGAAGCACUUUUGUGUGAUUUGUGAGAAGCAGUUUAGCUCUGGUAAGGCUUAUGGUGGUCACGUGAGGAUCCACUCCACUGAGUACAACAUCAAAGGAAAGAUGAAGAAGACGAGGAUGAGGAUCAAGAAGAAGAAGAGAAAGAUUGGUUUGUUGAAGAAAGAGAAGGAGAAAGAGAUAGAUCUGAUUAGGGCUGACGUGGAAGGUAAGAUUAGGUGUUGUCUUUGUGGAAAAGAGUUUCAAACAAUGCACUCUUUGUUUGGACAUAUGAGGAGACAUCCUGACCGGAGUUGGAAAGGGAUACGACCUCCUCCUCCACCGGAGAAGUUCAAUCUAAGCUACUUGGGUGAUGAUGAUGAUGUUGAUGAUGAUGAUGAGGAUGAGGAUGUGAUGAGUAGAUCCAUGAUGAUGAGUGAUGAUGUACCCGAGGAUGUUCAAGAAGCUGCUUGCAUUCUAAUGAUGCUCUCUUACGCUUCAAGCGAUUAUUGGGCUGGGAUAAAGAAAGCUACGGAAUCACCCAAAUCCGAGGUAAGAAGUCCGAGUUGCUACAAAGAUGAUAAAGAAAAAGAUGAAGUUUUAGGUGAUGGUGGAAUGGAUGAUAAGAAGAGUUUAAUUGUAGAUAUGAAUAUAAAGAUGGAGGUGAAUAGUCCUCGAGAUGAAGCUAAGAGGUCAUUAGGGUUUGAUCUCAAUCAGCCUCCUUACCAUGAAGAUCAUCCUGAUGAUUCCUGUUGGAACUAGUUUGGUUUCGCAGUUCGGUUUGGAUGGAAUGGAGUAGAUUAAGUAAGAUUCAAGUUUUAACUUGUUGCUCAAUGAAUUACAUCUAUAUAUGCAUGCCUUAUCAUCUCCUACAUAUGCUUUUGUACAUAAUGAAAUCCUUGUUUGGUUCUAGUUAUAUUUCAUUGGUCUUUUUCUUCUAGCUAGUCCUUUUCUGGUCUAUUUCUCUUUAAUGUUUUGUGACUUUUGUGUGGCUAGAAUCAAGUUGUUACUUUUAU